AUUUUGAACUGUGUACAAACGGCCGAAGCACCGAGAGCAGACAGGCGACCUGUCUCCCUGACAAGUUUUGGUUGUUUAAGGCUGUUCACUGGGAAUCACAACAGAGUUUGGAACAACAAUGAGAAAAAGUGAGGUGCUCGCAGCUGAGUCUGUGUCGUGCCUGAAUAAAGCACUAUGCCACCUGAAGGACAUCUGGGAGGAGAUUGGUAUACCAGAGGACCAGAGACUACAGAGAACUAAUGUUGUCAAGAACCACAUUAAGGGAUUACUAGAUAUGAUGAUCAAAGAAGAAGAGUCUCUGAAGACGAGGCUUAUAAGCAGCAUUCAGACAUGCAGGACAGACAUGGAGAAACUCUGCCUGGAGCUUCAGCUACCUGUGUUUGAGGAGGAGGUCGGGAUCAGCAUGCUCCAGCAGGAGAAGAACAUCCGCACUCAGGUGGAGGUUCUGAUAAAGGAGAAGACUCUGAGAAUGCAGCAGCUGAAGUUUCUGCUGGAGCAGGACCAGGACCUGUGCGACAUCCUGUGCUCUAUGCCUUACGGUAUCUCUCCAGACUCUGUCCCUUCAGUGGAGCAACUGGAGAGCUUCCGCCAACACAUCUCCGACCAGAACGCAGAGAAGGCGAAGCGGUACGCUGAGUUUAUGGACAUCAAAAAGGAGAUCAUCUUGCACAUGGAAGUGCUGGACCACAUCCCUGAGACCAGUUUUGAGAAGGAUGUAGUCUGUGAGGAUGAGGACUCUUUCUGCCUUUCCAGAGACAAUAUUACAUCACUCAAACUGCUGCUUUGUCAGCUGGAGGAACGCAAGGCAGAGAACGAGGCGAUGUGUGAGAGUCAUCGAGAGAAGAUCCAGCAGCUGUGGGACAGACUGCAGGUGCCGCAGGAGGAGAGAGAGGCCUUCAACGAGCACAUGGUCACAUCCAGGAAGAGGAACCUGGAAGCGUUAAAAGCAGAGGUCCAGCGUCUGGAGGAGCUCAAACUGCUAAACAUUCGUAACGUCACAGACGCCAUCCGCUCCGAGAUCGCCGUGUUUUGGGAAAAAUGCUUCUUCAGCACUGACCAGCGGCAGGCCUUUUCACCGUAUUUUAGCGAGGAUUUUACUGAAGAGCUGUUGGGGAUGCACGAUGCUGAGAUCCAGCGUUUGAAGCUGCAUUACGAAGAUCACAAAGAGCUUUUUGACGGAGUUAACCAAUGGGAAGAAAGCUGGAGACUCUUCCUGGAGCUGGAGAAAAAAGCCACAGAUCCGUCCAGAUUCACCAACAGAGGAGGAAACCUUCUCAAAGAGGAGAAACAGAGGUCUGAGCUGCAUAAAAGUCUGCCAAAGCUUGAAAAGAAACUAAAAGCCCAGAUCGAGGCGUGGGAAGGUGAGCAGGGUCGUGAGUUUUUCGUGAACGGUCAGAAGUUCCUGCAGUACGUGGAGGAACAGUGGGAGCUGCAUUGGAUAGAGAAAGAAAAGGAGAAACAAGAAAGGCACCUCAAGAAGAGCAAACAGACCGAAGAGGACAUGCUGUACGGAACAGCGGUACGAACCCCAACCAAACGCAGAUUCCUCGGCACCACCACCCCAAAUAAAUCACGGAAGAUGGGUAACACCACCUCCAGCAUCUCUAGCGUCGCCUCUAACAGCACCAUGCGCUCCGUCUACGGCGGAACUGUCUGUCGCUCACCUGUGCCCCGCCCACCUCUCUCAGCAAAUAAGGGUUCAACAGCGCGGACAGGCGGAGGAAAACCUCCCCACCCAAGACUGCAGGGCUGUAACAAGGAGAACGAGGCCCAGUUGAAGGGGAGCCCUCUGAGUGGUGCGUUGCUGACCCCCACUGGUCCACAGCGUAACUUCAGCAUAACCUCUGUUGCCAGCACAUAUUCAGAGUUUGUGAGGGACUUGGUCAACACUGAAUCAGUUCAAUCAAGCGAGACCUGUCCAAGGCCUCUAACGCCAAGAUCGAGCACGACAUCCUGAACUCCACCACCACCAACAUUUGACCUCUGCGCUCCGAUGUUGACUGUGUCAGCUAUGAUAUCGUUGUUCUGAUCUCCCCCCAGAACGCAUCACUACCCUUCACUGCUAUCUGCUUUUAUAUGGAAAUGAAGGUAAUAAUAUAUUAAGUGUCGAUUCGGUGAUAAACUCUUAGCAGCUUCCUGUCAAACAAGGACGUCUUGUCGAUCUGUCGCCAGUUGCUGAACAUGUUGUCUUCAGCGUGUUACUGAACAUUUUCCCGGUCUAUCACUGUCUGUAAAAGGAAAAAUAUGAUUGUAUCAUAAGUUAAACUAACACUAUUUUGCCUCUCUGAUUUUGCCAGUUAUUAAGAUGUAAUAAAUGUUUUUUUUUUGCAUCCUGUACUGCACAUGUUUUUAUAAAAAAAAGAGACAAAAGAAAGGUUAACUUUCUGAAGUUAUGCAAUCUGGGGUUACAGACCAAAUGUAUUAUAAAUAUUUGCACUUUCUGGAAAAUAUAUUACAGUGCAUUGUGUAGUUUUAUUCACGCUUACACUGUUCCAUCCAAAUCUUUCACCUAUAUUUGUUUUUAUACAUGUAUGUAUGUAAUGUAUAUAUUUCUGAAUCUGCUAUUCUCUUUAUAGCAUCUCUGUCUGACAAAGCUAAUAGAUGUUUAAACAGGCCGUUAAGACUGUUAUUAACAUAUCAUAUAUUGGUGCUGUGUAAUAGUUUAAUACAGUUAUAAAUCAUAUGGAUUCAAUACACUAUCAUGGCUGAUUUGGAAAAGCUUGUCAAAAUAAAAUAAAUUCAUUUUCACUUGAAAA